GGAAAAGCUGAAGAAAAGAAGUGACAACUCCGAAGUUAAGAGCGGUGGAGAUGGGGGUUGGGUUUCUGAUCGGAGUCAUUGGAGUUGCAAUUCUUGGACAUGCGGCUUACUCUACCAUUCAGUAUAGGAGUUUGUUGAAGAUCCUGGAGGAAGAAUUCUCAGGGCCUCCUAUGAAUGUGGUGGUUGAACUGAUUUUAGGGUUAGCUUUCUGUAUGUUUGCAGCGUUAAGUGUGCCGGGAAAAUUCCUAUCCAUACUUCCUGAUUCGGACGAGAACAGGAUAGUUUCAUUACCAGACAAUCUAGACUUUAUGGUCUUUAACCACCGUGGCAAAGUAUUUCCUCCAGAGAUGGAUAUGAAGCUCAAACUUUAGGUUUGUGUCUGAAUCAAGAUAUUGUCAACUGAUUGCUGUUUUAUUUGGAGCACCUACUUCAGUUCUGGAAUCGCCCUUAAUGUUGAAUUUUCGAUAGCUAACCCUUG